AAUAUUUAUCAUUUAAAUUUAUGAAAUAUAGCACACUUAUUUUUUUAAUAAUUAAAUUUACUAAAAAAACAUCAUUUUAUUUAUAGGUAAAAAAUUAAUUAUGACGAUUUUGGCAGUAAUAUUUACGCUGAUUUCAUAAUUGACAAACCAGAUUCAACCGGCCACAGCCCACAAGUUCACCGGCACCACAAGGUCCACAUUCCACAACCAUACUGAAGACGAGAUCACACUCCAAGUCUCCAACUCAGCGCCUCUUGUUUUCAUCGCCUGCCCUGCCCUUGCAUUACCAUUGAUUGCCCACUUUCUCUCUCCCUAUCUUCCACCAACGGCUUUUUCUAGCGACUAACGCCGCUUCUCUCUCUCUCUCUCUCUCUCUCUCUCUCUUCCGUGUUCUUUAUAUUUGGAAAGUUGUUGAGUCGUUUCUAUAGGAGUCCAAUCCAAGCAACUACUUCAAUUCCUGUGGAAGGAAAAAAAGGGGAAAACGUUGGACGAUUACUUUGACUGGUAUUUCCUCCACCGGGGUUUCCUUCGUUUUUGUUGUGGUGGACAAAAUUGGUGUGGUUUUGGCCACCUAGAUGCAGCAGAUUGUUAGCCGAUUCUGUUUGCUGCUGGUUAUAUGCUCUGUUCUCGAGUUCCACCAGAGGAUUCUGCGUUUCUUUCUGGGGAUCUUCGUGAUGGAAUGCGCCGCCUGCCUUAAGUUUUUGGCUCAGAUCAGCGAGUUCCGCGGUGGGUUCAUUGUGUUCGGAUGUUUCUCGCAGGCUUUCAAUUUCCUAUGGCUUUUUUUGCUUUUCGCAUUUGGGUUGAAGCUGCUUAAGCUCACUUCCUUCGGGAUUGGUCUGAUUCAGCUGUUGCAAUAUGAUAUUAGAGGCAAAUCAAUUGAUCCUAGAAAUGGGUUUUCUUCUAGGAAGGGUUUCGAUCUAGCAUUCCACUCCAAGGUUGUCUCUUUCAACAAGGGUUGCUUGGCGAUUGAGAAUCUAAAAUCCACCAAGGAUAAGGACGAUUCCGAUUCAGUUGUGAACUCAAGGAACAUCGAUUAUGCUGAGGAAUGUUCUGCUGAAGAAGAGGAUGAAUUCGACGUGUUGGCAUUGAGGAGAUUGGUUAGGAAGGAGAGGCGGAGAGCUCUGGCGGCCCAAUUGGAAUUGGAGAAGGAAAGAAUGGCUGCGGCGUCUGCUACCGAUGAAGCAAUGGCUAUGAUUCUAAGGCUCCAGAAUGAGAAAAGCUCCGCUGAGAUGGACGCCAAGCAGUACCGUAGAAUGGCAGAACAAAAGCAGGAGUACGAUCAAGAAGUUAUCCAGUCCCUCCAAUGGAACAUCAUGAGACACGAAUAUGAAAGGAGCUUGCUGGAAGAGAAGCUCAAGUUGUGCAGGCAACAGUUGCAGCGCUGCUUGAGAAGGGAUGAAAUGGAGGAACUUGAUGCUGCUCUCGACUCAUUAGGUUCAACCUCUGAUUGUGGUUUGGAUGAGGAUGAAUUAAUGUUGGAGUUUGAAUCUCCAGCAGCUACUGUUCAGGCAAAAGUUUUUCAAGAAGAUGUGUUUGGACAGAAUGAUGGAGAGAUCGAGCAGCAUGCAUAACAAACAGUUUCUGGACUUGGGAAUGGAGCAUUCUUGAAUGCAGCUCCGCCAUGGUCCCCACUCAGACAAAUAUUUGCAGUAAUAUCUUCUACUAAUCAUUUUCUAUCCAUGUUUCCCCUUUUGUACAUCCACGAGAAUCAUAGUCCAUUCUACUGCCUUGUUAUGUGAACUGAUUUCCACUAUUUAAGAACAGCUGAACCAGUUUGUUUGAUUGAACCUCUAUAGUGGGAAAUCAAUUCAGCAUUCGCAGCCAGUAACAGUAGUCUUCUUCUUCUUCUUCUUCUCUUCUUGUAAAGUUACACAUCCCUUUUCCAUUUCUGAAGUCCUCUUUGUCAGUCAGAUUGAACUGAGUGAGAAUUGCAUUACAUACAAGCACGGAGAUACAAACAGACUCUCCGUGGAAGAAACUGCUUAAUUUCAUCUUUGUUCUCUCUUCUGGGCCUCUCUGUUCUUGAGUGCUGAGUUGCACGUUUUCUUUUCAUGUGAUGUUAUUCAAUGUAGUGUACAACUGCAGCAACACAAUCCAAUAUCAAUCAAUCAAUCAAUGUGCAUAAUUUCCAUUUGAUCUGCUAACUAAGAGGAGGAUCUGAAUUCAAUAUCAUCACUUGUUGCUUGAUCUUUUUGCUUGGAACUUAGCGAGGAGAUCCGAUUUUCUUUGUGGAAACUUGUGUAUCAUUGGAACUCUUGAAUGAUAGAUUUCUUUUAAGGUUGUCAACUCAAAACUGUGCUGGAAAAGCUACAAAAUGUUCCUGCAACCCUUUUCGUAGACUGCACUGGUGGUGAAGAACCCCUUUAGUUUAGAUGACACACACAGAUUUCCAUGUGCAAGAACAUUAUUGACUAAGGCGGCACCUCACGUGGCGAUCUGUUACCUUUUGAUUUCCUUGCUAUCCAUAUAGAUCAUGGGGCGAUUUCCAUAUGCAAGACCAUAAUCGCACUUGCACAAAUACUGUUGGUGCAAUCAUAGUGUGGCGUGGCCAUAAGGUUUUCCUUCCUUGGUAUAUGAUUUAUCUCACGUGGUAGCAUCGAUGCGAAUCGAUGAUGAUGUUCCUUAAUUCUUUUCUUUGUUGUGUUUGUCAUAGUUUGUGCUAGAUAAUAGAGCAUUGCAUGCGCUAAUAAUAACGAAUAUGACUACUGUUGUAGGCGACGCGUUGUAAGUACGUUCUUACAAAUGAGGCUAUAAAUACCCUAACCACAUUGCUAAUACAACUUGUGAUUCCUUCUCUUAAGAUAAAUCGGGUUAGUAACCAGGUACUUCUGACUUGCUGAUCUUUUGGAGCAAGUUAAGGAGGUUACGUUGUGGCUACCCAUUUAUUGGGAAGGCUAUGUCCACCAUGUCUCACCACUCAUAAAGCUUAAAUGUGGAUUGACUACUUUGCCUAAUAAUGAGAGCAUCAAGAAUAUAGUAAACAAGUUAUUUCCAAUAAAUGAUACUAUAUAUAAACAAUUUUAUGAUACACGCUAUUUCGAGUAACUUUAGUUUUAUCCAAGUAUGUUGCAUGAGACAUUUAUAUCUGCAAUAUAAUAAUUCAGUAUUUUUCUACAUUAGUAUUUUAUUCACUAAACUAACUCUAUAGGCAAAAAACACAAGUCCAUAAACAUGAUGAAGCUAAAACAAUUAGGGAUAUGUCUAUGGUAACUUGUGAUAAGCUUCAAGUAAUCUUACUUGGAGUUUGGUGGAGGUAUUGUCAAUCAGGCCGACCAUUCCUAGUCAACCAAUUUGACCAGAGAUAAACCACUUAUGCUUCUGAAAAAAUAUUGAUGACUAGCUCAAAGAGCUUUAUUAGGUUGUCAGAUAGAUAAUUUGGCUGAAGACAAUGAAGACUUCAUAAAGCG